AUGUCGGCUGUUUCGUCCCGUGUUGUCUCGGCUUCGGUGCGGCCCGCGGCGGCCCGCCCCACGGCGCGCCGCGGUGCCCGGGUGGUCGCCCAGGCCCAGCACAGGGACAUCCCGGCCGCCCUGAAGACCGCUUCGAUCGUGACGGUGUCGAACAUCAUCAUGGCCAUGCCGGCGAGCGCCGAGGCGGGCAAGCUGUUCGACUUCAACCUCACGCUGCCGGUGAUGAUGGGCCAGUUCCUCGCCCUGAUGGUGUUCCUGGACAAGACCUGGUUCGGCCCCGUCGGCAAGGCCCUGGACGAGCGCGACGAGAUGAUCCGCAGCAAGCUGAGCUCGGUGAAGGACAACAGCGACGCGCUGAACAAGCUCCAGGAGGACGCCGAGGCGCUCCUCAAGGCUGCUCGCGCCGAGGCCCAGGCGCGCAUCGCCGAGGCCAAGUCGACCACGCAGGCGGCGUGCGACGAGCAGCUGGCGGCCACCAAGGCCAAGGUGGACAGGGAGCUGGAGCAGGCGCUCGCGCAGCUGAACGCGGAGCGGGAGGAAGCCCUCAAGGGGCUCGACGCUUCUGUGCAGAAGCUCGCGGACCAGAUCCUCGGCCGCAUCCUCCCGGAGGGCGUCAAGGCCUAA